UGUGCGGUGCGUGAACGAGCCUGCGCCGGCGGCGGCCUUCGAAAAAGAGUUUUUUUUCUGCGCCAACGAAGGGCGUCGAGAGACGAGAGCCGUCGGUCGGUCGGUGGUGAUUUUGUGGCGUGUUUUUAUCGAGCCGUGACACUGUUCUUUUUCCUGUUCUUUAAUGAAGUCGAGCGGCAGCAAUCACUUUCCUGGGCAGCCCGACGUGCGAGUCAGUGUUGUUCCCCUGUGAAGUGCCUUCCGCCCUCGUCGUGCGUGGAUUUGACCGAGUGCGCUGGAGUGGAUUCGCGCUCUAUUUUAUUCUUCGCUACCAGCCAGCCAGCAAAGCGUGCCCCUAUCAGGCACUUCUGACUUGUUGCCUCCGGGAUUGCCGAGAUAAGCAGGCACCGUCGAAUCCCAAGCAGCACACCGUCCUUCCUUCGAAGAAGACGCCAGUCGUGUACAACAAUAACAACUUAACACGCUUUUGUAACCACCUUUUAGACAGUGUCGCGAGAAGCUGAUAUCUGCGAAUUGUGAGUCGGGGCCUUCGACUGCCAAACCAAAUUUGCCUCCGUCUUCGUGGUCCUUCCGUGCGGGAGAAUAGAAGAGAAUAGUUUUCGGCUUCCUCCGGGGCUGCGUACCUUGGGUGUCAUCUCCGACCGGCUUUUUUGUCUUGUCCCCGCCGCCCAUGGGAUUCGGGCGGGAGGAUUGUCACCAGCGCAUGCCCGGCCGUCGUUGACUCCGGCGUCAAGCGCUCGGUCCCGUCAAUCACCCCACGUCGCUUCUCUUCCUGCAGGGUGCAGCUUUCCUGCAACUCUCGACUACCGUGGCCGACUGAGAGGGGGCGGUGCAUGACUUCACCCUGAGGAUACCAACAGCUAUUCACAACGUGUCCCGAAACCAAAGCCAUGGGGAGGAAAAAAAUACAGAUAUCCAGGAUCACGGACGAGAGGAACCGGCAGGUGACGUUUACGAAGCGCAAGUUUGGCCUGAUGAAGAAGGCCUAUGAGCUGAGUGUGCUCUGUGACUGCGAGAUCGCCCUGAUCAUCUUCAACAGCACAAACAAGCUGUUCCAGUAUGCCAGCACCGACAUGGACAAAGUUUUGCUCAAGUACACCGAGUACAAUGAGCCACACGAGAGUCGCACCAACAGCGACAUUGUCGAGAAAUUGCGCCACCAACGCCUGGAUGGCGGCAGUCAGGCACUGAGCAAGAAGGAACACAAGAAUUCCACAAAUGGCUGUGACAGCCCAGAGCCAGACGCCGACCAGUACUCGCUGACACCCCGUGCAGAAGCCAAGUACAGCAAAAUCAAUGAAGAGUUUGAAUUGAUGAUGCAGCGCAGUGCUCAACUAAAUGGGUCUCGAGGCCAGCCUUCCAUGAGCCAAGGCAUGAGCUCCCUUGCUGGCUAUGCGUCCCAGGAGGGUCUUAUGCAGCCUUCUCCCCAGAUGACUCACUCUAGUGUCAGCCCCCGCCCGAGCUCUUCAGGGGGUGCCUUGCUGGACAUGAAUGGUGUGAGCUCCAAUGGCUACCACCGGUCCACGUCCCCAUCAGGCAACCUGGCCAGCUGCAGUUCUCCUGCGGGUAAGGGUUCCAAGGGGGCCUCGCCCAGCCGCUCUUGUUCUUCCGCUGCUGGACUGCGUGUCGUCCUCCCAGGAUCUCCUUCCCCUACAGGACAGCUGCACGACCCGUCACACCUGUUUCUUCAGCAGUCAAUGGUUCGGACAUCCAAUGCUUCACUCACAACCCCAGUUGUCUCAGUGACGGCGCCGGGGAUGCCUGGCAUGUCAGCAUAUCCGUCCUCUCUUGCAGCUGGCUUUCCUCCAUCGGACUUCCAGCUAAACCCCGAACUUGGCCUUACGGGUUUCAACUCUCCAGGCCUGAUGCAUAACUGGUCAACUCAAGGUCCUCUGGCCAAUGCUGCUGUGCCUUCUGGGGCCAUGCAAGCUCACUCCAGUGGGAGCCCCAGCGUGCUUGGCAGCCACUUGUCUCUAGGAAAUUCGACACCACCACCUGCAUCGUCUCCUUUGCCCAUCCGGAUCAAAAGCGAACCCAUUUCACCGCCGCGUGGCGGUGGAGAAGGUCUGCACGGAGGAGGCACCAACGCCCGACCCCCGUCCGGGCACUUGUCACCACCCGGGCAGCCUCCACUGACCCCUUCCACAUCUUCCUCACCAGACCCGACCGGCGAUUACGAUGGUGCCAAGCGCCCACGCCUCUCUGCCGACGGCUGGCCGACGUAAGCCGACUGGAGCCAACACCGGUCCCCCGCAGCGGGGGUUUGUCCUCCUGCUCCUCCCAGAGUCUACUUGCGAGUGUGCCGUGUGUUUAUUCCUUCCCUCUCUUGCUGACUGUGUGGCGUGCAAGCAGGGUCCCGCUAUGCACGGGAGAAAGGCUGUGCGCGCUGCUUCCCUGCAACGUUCUUUUUGUUUUGUGCCCACCCCUCUCCAAGGUUUACAGGGAGCAGCAAAGUCGCAGCUCCGGUUGGCGACCAGGAAAAACGCCAUUUGGGCUUUCCUUCUUUGUCAAGGGCGUCGGUGAUGAAGACCGAAAGCGUGUACAUAGGAUUGGCGUGGCUGUGCCCGCCGUUCUUCUGGCCUUUUUUCGACUUUUUGUCGAGGCUAGUUACUUGGCGGCUCCACCUGCCAGGGCAAAGACGCACUUCUGGAUGUCUCUUUCUCUUUCUUGUUUCUUUUUUUUUUCUCUGCUGCACCUGUGGGGCACUCAAUAGAUAGAGUGAAAAAAAAAAAAAGUGUGUGGGUAGGUGACUUACUACUACACAAAAAGGCGUCAGCAACAAUCUUAAACAUGUGCAAGGCACAACUACUUGAAAGCGCCAGUCUUGUUCCACUCGUUGACGACCCUGGAGUUGUUUCCACCAAGCCAGGAGCGUUUAUCUUUUUCUGGAGGAAGUACAAGCUUGACCUUAAGGCCUGGAACUGCUUAAAGAAAGAAAACAUUGCCAUGGGAUUGAACCAGGGCCGAAAAAAUUACCCUUAUGGCCUACUCAGUCAGAUCCAGAGCCAAGGGAGGCAUUGCGUUGGGCACACACACAGUGAGAUAGAGCUAGUGACUAGCACCAACCCUCUCCCCAAGACAGUAAGUGUAGCCAAACAUGGACCGUUCGUAGAGACACGUGGUUUUUUUCCAUACCAAAGUCAAGUUUGUUGAGAAGGCAAAGUCGCACCCGGUUUGUUGUCAUGUUGCCGGUAGGAAGUAGUGCUGCCAGGUUGUUUUUCUGGACGUAAAAAAAAAAAAAAAAAAGGUGGCGCACUUUACACAUAAGAAACCGCAUGCACAUCCUGCCUGUUGUUUUAGAUAGAAAGAGCACACGUUGUCAACAAGACGAUAUUUUUGGUAUCUGCCAGUCAAGCGCAUGGCAUGGCUUCCCCCUGCCUCCCCUGUUCCAAGUCUGUUCUUCACAACAAUGUCUUUGUGGUGCGAAAUGUUUGGUGAAACACCUGACAAGCAUGAUGUAUAAUCAUGCCACACCCCCACUUUUCCUUUUACUACUUGUUCGUGUGUUCCAAAAAAAGUGCAUGUGUUAUAGUGACUGUAGUGCUGUGUGCCUUUGGACAGGGGAAACAAAGAAAAAAAAAAAACUUUUGAAGCCACAAAGAGGGGUGAACACUACCUAUCUACCAACCUUGUUUCUGUUGAGGUCUCAGUGUUUACACGCUGAAUAUAAAUAUUAUAUAUAAAAAUAUAUGUUAUACACACGCGUGCUUGCGCGUAUAAGUUGUAUUUUAUACGCGAUGCACCAGCUCAUGUCAGUUGUUCUUCUUUUCUUUCCUUUUCCUCGAGCAGCUGUCAUGCAAGUCUCUUGUGCUUUUUUUGCUCCUAUUAGUGUUGCACUAGAAACAUACCACAGCAUUACCGUUUGAAGAAAAAAAAAAAAAACUGAGUGAAUUGAGCCUGUGUGAGCUAAAGGAUUCACCACCUUUCUUGUCGUUGAGUAGUUCGUUGCAGCUUUUGCACUGUCAGCCACUUUUUUUUUUAUUAUUAAAGUACUGUAUGCUAUCUUGCCAUUCGCCUUUUUUUUAUAGCUGCUACUUUAGAGUCAUAAGUUGCCAUGUGUCAAAGAAAGUCUGAGAGAGAAAUUAAUUUUUAUCGACUUUGCUGCAUUCGUAGAAGCUAGCACACUCGCUCACACACCACACACUCUCUCUCGCAGCACUGUAUUGUACUCAGCACAGGUCUCUCACAUGCCCUCAACACACACACACACCUCUCGUCAGGAAGAUUAGUAACAGUUUUUUGGAACACAAAGGGAAAAGAAAUAAGAAUAUAACCCCCCCCCAAACAAAAUGAAAUGAAACACCACACACACUAACAACAAAGAUCACGAUGAUCUGUCGUCAUUGAUGCAUUUUGACACCCACUAUGACGUGUGGGACUUAUUGGCAUGCUUCCAUGCGCAUACACGACUAUGUCUAUAUACGCAGAAAACUUUUUGUUUGUCUUCACUGUACACUGACGAUGCCUUACCAGAAACUGUACAAGGAUGGGCGAGCAUAGGGAGCCACAAAUGCUUGUUGUAGACGUUGUUGCGACAAACCGAGUUUUGAAAGAAAAAGCGAAAACAUUUGGUAAUUGUGACAUUUAGUUGUAGAUUAGUUUCUCUUGCUCCUCCCUCGACUGUUGCUGCCAUCUGCUGCUAGUUUAAGUUAUCUUGAGGGCCUUGUGAAAGAAGAAAAAAAAUGAUGUUAUGAAAGAAAAAGUCCCAAAUGUAAUGUAGCGAUAAAGGAGCUGCUUGCAUUCUCCGACUCCUUUUUGCUUUAAGUCUUGAUGAGAUGAGGAGCAAUGUUUCGGCAGCUCGUGCCGUUCACCUCUAGUGAUGGAGGCUUGUUUAACUUAUUUGUCUUUGGAAGCUGUACUUUUCAAAAGUGCACAGGGUGUAUCGGGAAAAGGCUGGCAUGAUGACCCCGUAACCUUGGGGCUGUCUUGUAGAAGUCGUUUUUUCACACUUUUUUUUUAAUCCCCACCCCCCUUCGUGUGCUUAUGUGUGCGUGUAAUAUGUGUGCACCUGGUGAAUUGUCCCAUGGUCUGCUCUAGUUUUUGUCUUGCCACCAUGGGAGACGAGUACAGAUUUAUGGACACUGAAACUACAAGGUGUGCAUUUCUUGCCUUGUUUUUUUUUUUUGCAUUUGUAUCUAGCAAAUGAGUUAAUAUAUUAUUACAGUGUUCUUAUACAUUUUCUAGUGCAUCUUGUGCCCUUGUUGCCCUUUACCAUCCACUCUUUUGUUGUGAUGAUGAUGAUAAUUACUCGCUUUUGUUAUAAAAUGCAAAGCAGUGUUCAUUUCUUGUCAUAUUUUUUCCUCUUCGUAUGCCGCUGUGUUGCUUCUUCUUUCCCCCUCCUUUUGCUUGUGUAAAGGACACAUCUUAUCCUCACGUUUUCACAGAUAAUAUAUUACAUGUGUGUGUACAGUAAAUGACAAAAAAAAAGAGUAUAUGAAUGUUGCGCAUAGUAUAUAUUCAUACAUUAAAGCUGCUGGGUGUGUGUGCCCUGCAGAUAUGCUCUGUCGUUGAUGAUGGGGAAGAAGCAGCGAGAGAGUACACGUGCCAUGGGAGACGGAGGCGUUGACAGUACACCCCCCUCUACCCCUCCUUCUUUGCUUCUGUCUCAUUUUAUUUUCUCUGUAGUAUUCCAGGCGCUAUUCGCUCUUUAGUGUUUUACUUGUGCUGUCAUGUUGCUUUGUGCCAAGCUUUUCCCAUUCAGCUCAGUAUCCAGAUCCAACCACAUUUUUUUAGUAUCAUCUCGCUGCCCACAUCUCUCUCUCUUGUAUUCAACUUUAUUUCACUGCCCUUCUAUUCACUUAUCAAAGAAGAGACAUUCUCUUCAUGAAGAGUGAUGCUGGCCAUCGUGUUCCUCAUGUCAUCUGCUUGUAAUGACCAGCUUCGCCGAUAAUAGUCAGGUGACAGAUCAAAAGAAAAAGGAAAGGCAUGAGUUGUGAAAUUCAAAGCAUGACCUCUCUCCUAAUCCACAGAGGAGUGAAGCUAAUCAAAAUUCUCCGAAAGUGCAAUACCGUUCUUACCUUUGCUUCAUAUUCCCUUCUCUCUUCUCUGCUUGCCCUGCACCUCUGGGCCAUUUUUUUCUUUUCUCCCCAAUGUCACUGUCUGUGCAAUGAAUUAUUUGUUUGCUGCUUGCCAACGUAACACCUCUACUUACGGGUCUCACUGGCUCGCAGAGUCACACAAUACAGCAUUGCUCGUGAACCUGAUUAUUCAAAAUCCUGCUCAAGUUUCUCUCUUAUUUCCUAUAAAGGGGGAGAUGUCAUGAUCAAAACAGGUCGGGCGUUUCCUCUUGAAGUUCCGGCUAUCGCUAUUAUGCUUGUAAGAGUAGUUCUUCAAACAAGCAUAGUCAGGCAAGUGGCCUUUAUUCACGCCCCUUUGACAGUGUGGGAUGCCCUGUCAGCUGUAGGUCACGUGUUGCAUUGAAAGCUACAGCUUGGUGUAGCACGCACGUUCAGCUUGCUUUGUGAAAUGUGGCUUAACUGAAGUGAGCUUCCAUUUAACAAAGCAAGGCCAAGUAAAAGUGUGAGAAGCUCCAAAUGCACUAAAUAGUCAGUCCUAAAAGCACAAUCAUUAUAUUUAUCUUUUUUAAAAGCUAGAUUAUUUAAAAGAGUCUUGAGUAAUAUAUUUUUCUUGUUAGUGCUUGUCUCUUCAGAACAGGAUGUUCAACUUGGGUUACAUGCAGUCACUAUUGUUACUUUAUUCUUAUUCUGAAAAUUGUGUGCCCUAAUACAUUUUUGUUCAAUUGUAAAGCUUUUAUAUCCAUAAAUGAAAGGUUUACACAGAGUUAAAUGGUAGGAAAGUUGUGGAAAAAUAUUCAUGUUGAGAAUCUUUUUUAGAGAAACCGUACAUAGCAUACCCCCUUUAGUGUUUUUAUUAUGGGGAUCAUCCGACUAUGUAAAUUCAGAAAGGAGUGACCCACAUACUAAAGGUUCCUCUUUGUAUGGCCAAAACAGUCAUGCGUCCAUUGUCUUAUGUGCAUUCAAGUUUAGUAUUGGCUAUAAAAAUGGCAUUGUUUCACAUCUCUGUGUACAUUUUUUUUAUUGUGCCUUUCCAUUGGUUCAAUAGUCUCUUCAAGAUCAUUGUCUAACAUUUGGUUUUCUUAGUUGUUGGCAGGCAUAGAAAGUGUAAUGAACAUAAUUUCUAGUAUCAUGUUUUGUCAGGGUAGUGCUUCGCUGCAGAGUUCUAUAUGCAAGAACAAUGAAAGCUCUUCUUUGGAGUUUUUUUUGCAAUCCAGUGCACUGCUAAAGUGAACAGUCAGCCAUUAAUAAGAGCAGCAUAGUUGAACAAUUUAUGUACCUACCCAUUACAGUAAAAAGUGUCUGAUUUAAUGCAUCCUCAAGCAAAAAUAAAAAAAGUUGUAUUUGAGUCUUUGCACCAUAUGUUGGUAAUGAUCAGUGCCUAAAAAAAAAAAAAACUGUUUCCUUUAACAGUGUACUGGACUGUAGGCAACUGGCAAAUUGCCUCCCAGUCACUUGAGACAGAGUAGCAUGGUCCACUUUAAAUAUUGGAAUGUAGUUGUGCGAGGAGAUUCCUUUAACGUUUUGUUUUCCCUUCUUUUUCCGUUAAAUUCACUUUGCAGCUAAGCAACCCAGCAUGUAAAUUGAAAUGUCUUGUCAACAUUGGGGUGGAACCAAAGUUUCAAAGCGGUGAUAGUGAUAGUGUUACGCAUCAAGGUUACAUUUAUAAAGACUUUAAAAGAAGCCUAUGAGUCAUUGAAGAGAAGGAAUAAUAUUUUCAGCAUUGACAACAUGGGAGCAUCGACUUUGUGUUCACCCGCAGUGCAAUGAAAGCCGCUUGGCAUCCUCAAACAUAUUUUGAUGUUUCGACUCUUCAAGCUAUUUCCAAGGUUUUUGAACGCAUUGUUACAGCCUCUAUUAAAUGCAACUGCAGCCUCUCAAUGUCUAGAAUAAUUUACAUUUUUUUUUCUAUUCUGGUGACAGAAGUUUCAUGCUGGUCAGCCAGAAAUGUGAGUGCAGUUCCCACGACAAUUCUUAAGUCACUUGUUGAUGUUGAAAUGUAUUAUGUGCUACAUCAUUAUGUUAAGUUAUGUGGCCACUACAGAGAUUGUUAGCAACUAUACCAAGUGUGCAGGUGUACAGUGCAUGAAUGAAGCUUACUUUUUUUCACAUACGGUACACCAGGUGCGUGUAAAAUGGCGCAAUCUUUUUUUUUUUUUUUCGGUCAUAGAAGGGGGAGAGUGAAACUCAUGCCAGCCUCUUCCCUCCGAUAUGUUUGCUUCUAUUUUUUUCUCUCUUAAAUACCAGUAUUUCUUUAUGUAUGCAUGUGUUGCCCCCCUUGAUUUUCCUUCCCAUUUUGUAUGUUGUUGUUUUGUUUAUUUUUUUUUUCCGAAGGCCUGAACGCACACUGUGUUUGUUGUUAUUGGAGAGAAUUUAGAAGACGCAAACAGUGUGUGUUUUUGCCUAGUGGUCAUGAACAGGAAGACACACUUCACGCGAUGCAGGUUGUUGUGUACUAUUUUUAUCUGCCUCUGAAAAAAAAAAUUGAAAGGAAUAAAUGCGGUUCAUUAAUGGC